GUGGAGGCUUGUCAGGGGUGUGGACAUAAGAACAGGGCAGGGUACAAGAGGGUGAAGCGGUUGGUGCUGCUGUUUGUACAUUUGGAGUCCAAGCCUGAAAUUAGUUCCAGCAGAAGGAAUUAGACUUGAGGAGAACCACGUCCGUCUGACAAACAGUCAUCAUGCUCUUCCUUAUCGGCAUCUUCAUCCUUCACAUCUCAGCCAUCGUGCUGCUCCUGGUGGCUACCAUUGACAAUGCCUGGUGGGUAACAGACACCAUGCGCACUGAUGUGUGGGGUCGGUGGCUGAAGAUCAAUGGAGUUUGGAACCUCACAGACCUCCCCACAGGGACAGACUACCCACAAGACUACCUCCAUGCAGUGCAGGCCACCUCUGUACUGGCAUGCAUUUUCUCCUUCAUCGCCGCAUUUGUGUUUUUGGCUCAGCUCUUCACCCUCCCAAAGGGCCAAAGGUUUACCAUUACCGGUGCAUUUCAGUUGCUGGCCUGCGUGUUCAUCAUGAUCGCAGCUUCCAUCUACACAAACCGUUUCCAUGUCAACGAGAGUCAGGGCAGCUACGGCCACAGCUACAUCCUGGCAUGGAUCGCCUUUGGCCUGUCAUUCGUCUCCUCCAUAACUUACUUUGUGCUACGUAAGAAGUCAGCGUGAGGAGGAGCAAAGACCAGCUGAUCAUCUGGUGCUGUCUGUCUGACUGGGCCUUUGCUCAGACAGUAAAGGUUUUGGACUCUAGACUGUUGUGAACGCCGUCAAUGAAUCACAGAUGUAUUCGAUUCCACAGUCGAAUCUUUUCAUUGUAUCCAAGGAAUGAUUUCUUGCCAAUUAAAUGAAAAACAACUAUUUUUUCUACUAUUAUAAAGAAAGUUGAUAACACUUUAUUAUAAGGACUUGUUUGAAAUAGUUCAUUUAUUUAUUUGCCCAGUCUUUUUUUUUUUAUAAAUUAGUUUUAGCAAAACCCACCUUCACAUGUGAUAAACACAAGUCCUCUAGGAGCAAACAAUGCAGACAUGAGUGUAAAACCCUCAUAAUAUUGUGUUAUCUUUCAAAUGAGUCAAUAUUAUAAGAAAAUAGUGGAAAAUUAAAGUCAUUUUUAUUGUAUUAUUGUUAAAUAUGUGGAGUCAGGUUGAAACAGGGUGUGACUUUCAGUUUGUGUUUUUUUUUUUUGUAUAAAUUUAUCACAAAUAAAAUGCUUUCUUGUGUCUAA